AUGAACUGGCGCACCAUAAACGUUGACCUCUUCGACCCCGAGUCCCCCGCAAACUUCGACAUAUCCUCCCUCUUGCCCUCCAUUCCUUCAGUCUCAGCUUCAGAGGUGCAAACAUUGUCAAGCCAAAUCAAGCAACUGUUACGAGGGGGAGAUUCGGAGGGUGCAUUAAGGGGGGCUUUGGAGAAUGCGCCGUACGGAGGGGACGCGCAGGCGAAGGAUGUACAUCUAGCAACGGUAGUGGAAACGCUGCAAUCGAUCAAACAAUCCGACAUGUCGCCCAUGCUCAGCAGGAUAUACGGCUCAGAAGGUGGUCCUGAAACUCUGGAUGUUCUCAUGAAGUACUUAUACAAGGGAAUGGCGCACACCUCACAGCCUAGCUCUGGCCGGUCAUCUAUAACACCCCAAGCAACUGGUGGGUUUUCACAAAUACAAUCAAGGGGGGGAGGAGAGGGAGGUGGACAAGCGAUGAGCGUGCUGCUUAGCUGGCAUGAAAAAUUAGUGGAGAUCGCGGGAGCAGGGUCAAUCGUACGGGUCAUGACGGAUCGGAGGACAGUGUGA